AUGUACACUGGGAAAGAAGAUCCCUUAUCCCACCUCAAGUAUUUCGAAAUGCAAAUGGACCUGCAAGGAGCACGAGGAGAUGUAUGCUGCAGAGUUUUUCCUGCCACCCUCUCAGAGGCCGCUCAAAAAUGGUAUUUCAAGUUGGUGCUUGAAAAGUUCAACUCAUGGAAGGCUUUCUCCUCGGAGUUCCAUGCACAACUCUCCUCUUCUUUCCAGCUUCCGUUGCACCUAGGAGCUCAAGUCAAAGUGAAGAAAAGACCAGGAGAAUCUCUCCGAGCCUACAUCAGCAGAUUCAUGAUGGAGGCAACUAAGGUUGCACGGGUGACCGAAGACGACAAGUUGUCCGCGAUACUGGGGGGCAUUGAAGUUAUUGGUGAACUUUCGAAGGAUAUCAAGAAGAACGGACAAGUAGAUUCAAUGAGUGACUUCCUUGACCGCACAGAAGGUUUUAUUAAGCUUGAAGAAGCCAUUCAGCGGGCAGAAGUUGAGCAAAAACCUGGCUGGCCAAAAGCUUCCUCUGCUGAGACAUCCGUCCAGCUCCCCCAAUACCCAAGAAAUUCAAGCUCGGGUGGUAAACGGUCCAACAACAAAAAUAGGCAAGGAAAUGGGAAAAAGGGAAAGUUCACUGGCAAGACCGAACAAACUCCCAGGGAGAAUCCUACCAAGUUUAUUGCAUUUACCAUCUUGACAGAAGAUAUAGAAAGUGUGUAUAUGGCUACUAAUCGUUAG